UUCCAUAAUUUUACAGCUUUAUGUGGCGCUCAAAGCUUUUAUUGUGAAAAUAAAUGACCGGAUGUCGUCCCAACUUCGCAGUGCUAUGCUUUAAUUGUGAAACUUUAGCCGGGAAUUGAUGUUAAAUAUUGUAACUUUAUUUUCCUCCCUCAACAGCAAGUCUGUGUGAGGCGAGCCCAAGGUUCAGAGACCUGCACAGACCAGAGACCUGCUGGGACUAGAAAUACGGGCUCCGGAGACCUGGACUUAGACCAGGACCCAGAACCCAACCCGGAUCAGAGAUGGAAUGCUGCCUGUAGGUCAGCCAUGACUCCGCCCUGUCAGAAGAACGCCUGCCGUUUAUAGGUCAGUGAUGGCCGCCACCGUAUUUUCAGGAGGACACAGAGGAAGCGACGCCACAUCCAGACUCCAUGUUGGUCGCCAUGGCAACACUGGAUGGAAGCACACCGGUUGAGACGCUCCUGUCAGCAAUUCACCUGGAAAGGUAUGUGGACACAUUCCGUCGAGCUGCUCUUCUGUUGGCCAGAGACUUCACCCACUUGGACCAUGAUGCCCUGGUCAGUCUGGGUGUGACCGCCACCGGACAUAGGAAGAGAAUUCUCCGGCUGGUCAAUCACAUUCAGAGGCUAGAGGUUCAAAGAUCUGGUCAGAAAGCUGUGUCUGAUCUCCCACGGGAGCGCUGUCAGUCCGUAUCCUCUUCUCUGAGAUUUUGUGAAUCCACUUUGCGCAGUCAGUCUACAGGAACGGUGAACUUUGAGGCGCUCAGGAACAGUUCAGCACCAAACCUCACUGCAAUGUUGGCAAACUCAGACUCCAAAAGAGCUGUAGUGAAGCCAGUCCCUAAACCCAGAACUGUUUUCAACCGACGCAGGACUGCACCCAUCAACUUCUGUCCUGCCCCAGACCCAGCUCCGCCCCCUCCUCGGAGACUCUCCCAGGAGUCCAUUUGUUUUGUGUUAGACAGAUUAAGUUGCAAGGACAUGCCUAGCCCUAACAACAGGUCUGACUCUGAUCUUGAUGAUAAGAUGACCACGCCCAACAGGAACCUAAGUCAGGCAGAAAAGAUGAGGCCAACACGUAGUUUGUCUCUGUCAGAUACUGGUGGUGCAGUUCCUCCUGUUCCUCCACGCCUCCACCGCCUAGCCCUCCCCUCAGUCCAACAGGAUGCUGCACCCUCUGCUUCUUUGCCUGUUCAACCAGAACAGAACCAGAUUUUGUCCUCACUCAUUUCAUAUCCUGGUAGUCAUGAGAGAAACUCAUGUUCAAGUUCUCCCAGAGAGGGAAUAGAGAUGGUCUCCAAUGAGAUCUAUUGGGGAACUUCACCUGGAUCUACUGCCUCCAGUGGUGGCAGGAGUCACAGCAGUGAGUUGUCAGGUCCGAUGACUCCGCCCAGACAAACUCCUGAAAGGAACAGUUGCAGCACUUUAAGUAACAACUCAUCAGGAUCAGCUCGAGUUUCCACUGAUGAUCCUGAUGAGGAGAUAAGCCCAUACUGUGAAACUGUUUUUCAGAUGAGAAGAAAUCCUCAUGCCUGUGAGAGUGAAAGAGGACAGUUCAAUGGACGGGACUUUAGAAAGGAAGAUGGAAAACAUGCAGAGGAUCAUGGGUCCCAGAAGUUAUCAUGGACCAAACGUUUGUCUCACGCCCUUCAUUCUGCCGGAGAAACUCAGGGUUACAGCACUGUAGGUGAAUCCCCACCUCCCCUCCACGGUCUGUCUUUGCCCACCCACACCUUCCUGUCAGAGAGCGAUGAAGACUUGAUCAUCUCACCUUAUGCCAGCUACACUUCCCUGACAGAGAGAGCGCCACCUAUCAUCAGCGGCUGGCUUGACAAACUGUCUCCGCAAGGAAACUACGUUUUUCAGAAGCGCUAUGUCAAAUUUGACGGAAAAAACCUGAUGUACUUCGGCAGUGAGAAGGAUGUCUACCCCAAAGGGGUGAUUCCAUUGGCUGCCAUCCAGAUGUCCCGUCCAGCCAAGGACACCAAAUUUGAAAUAGUGACAAGUCAUCGGAUUUUUGUAUUUAAAGCUGAAAAUGAAGUGCUGAAGAGGCGCUGGGUGUCCAUACUGCAGGAACAUGUCAGGGAUCAGCUGGUGUUCGGGCAGCGGCGGUUUGGUCCUGGCUCUCACUGCCAGAAACAUGGCGCCCUGGAGCUGAAAGGAACCAAGUCCAAAGUGUACGCUGCCAUCAACACAGACCAGAUCUGGCUUCACAAGAGUGAGAUGUGUUUCCGUAAUGGAAUCGGCAUCACAGUGAUUGAAGCUCGUGGGUCGACUAUUAGAGAUGGAAAAAACAAGAGCUUUGACCUGAUCACACCAUACAAAACAUUCAGCUUCACUGCAGAGUCCGACCGUGAGAAACGAGACUGGAUGGAGGCGCUGCAGGAGGCAAUCGCAGAGACGCUGUCAGAUUAUGAGGUGGCAGAAAAGAUCUGGUCUAACCGGUCAAAUCGAAUGUGUGCUGACUGCAAGGCCCUGAAUCCAGACUGGGCCUCCAUUAACCUGUGUGUGGUCAUCUGCAAGAACUGUGCAGGGCAGCACAGGAGUCUGGGGACAAUGAUCUCUAAAGUACAGAGUCUGAAGUUGGACACCAGUGUGUGGAGCAAUGAGAUCGUCCAGCUCUUCAUCAUGAUCGGUAAUGACAAAGCUAAUGACUUCUGGGCAGCACGUAUGUCCGUUGCUGAUGAGCUUGAUUGUGACGCCUCUCCCGAACAGAGGCGAGAGUUUGUGACUCAGAAAUACAGAGAGGGACGGUUUCGUCUGCCGCACCUUUCAUUCGCCAGUCAGGAGGAGCUACUUAAGGUGCUGUGUACGGCUGUUUCUGAACAGACGCUUUUGAAAACCGCCACACGGAUUUUCACAGAAGCAGAGUCGACUCGAGCAGCCAGCGACUGUGAUGAUGCUCAACAGCAGCCUCCUGUGGUGGAACAUUGUCCCACAUCAGAUCCCAGUGUGUAUGAUGAGAUAAUGCAGCCCGUUCUCCACUCUGGUUACCUCUUUAAAUCUGGGUCAGCAAAUAGAGGGACGCUGUCCAGGAAAACCAGAGAUGAUUUCCAGAAGUACUGGUGUUCAGUGGACCGGUCGCUGCUGCUGUAUGAGUCGGAGCGAUCAGUCGAUCCUUCCAUUCAGAUCAAUGCUAAAGACAUUGUAUGUUUGGGCAUCAGUCGACCUGAUGCAUCCAACAAUAACAACAACAAUGGAUUUAUCGACAGGUUCCGUUACACUUUUGAGUUGUAUUUGACGACAGAGAAACUGCACCAAUUUGGUGUGGAGACGGCUGAUGCUCUGCACAGCUGGACCAAAGCCAUUGGGAAGGCGGCGACACCACUCAGCUGUCACUGUCUUCUGACCAGGGAGUUUGAUCGGGUGGGAUUGCUUAGAUACCGGGCCAUGCUUGACCCUCAGCAGUGGAAGGACGGCUACUUUGUCCUACAGAAGUCCAACCUCUUCAUCUGUCCUCAAAACGAUGGUGCAGCAGAGGACAUCAUCAACCUGAACCGUCUGCAGGAGCUGAGUAUCACUACGGAAAUCGAAAACCACGAGAAGAAAGAUGUCCUAGUGUUGGUGGAGAAAGGAAGGACGCUACACCUUCAAGGUGUCGGCCGCACAGACUUCUCUAUGUGGUACUCUGACAUCCAGCGAGCAGCAGGCGGUAAAGGAAACACCCUGAGGGAGCAGCAGUUGAGUCGAAACGACAUCCCCAUCAUUGUGGACAGCUGCAUGUCCUUCAUCACGCAGUAUGGUUUGGGUCACGAGGGGAUCUAUAGGAAAAACGGCGCCAAGUCUAGGAUAAAGCUGCUAAUGGAUGAGUUUCGCAAGGACGCUCGCAACGUCAAGCUGCGAAUUGGAGACCACUUCAUUGAGGAUGUGACAGAUGUCCUGAAAAGGUUCUUCAGAGAGAUUGAGGACCCUGUUUUCAUGGCAGAUCUCCACCCGAUGUGGCAGGAUGCUGCCAAAAUCCCUCAGAAGGUUCAGCGGUUGGACCGUUAUAAAGAGAUCAUCAAAAGCCUUCCUCGAGUCAACAGGACGACUCUUGCAGCUCUCUUUGGUCACCUGUACAGAGUGCAGAAGUGCGCAGACCUGAACCAGAUGUGCACCAAGAACCUGUCGCUGCUCUUUGCCCCCAGUCUUUUCCAGACAGAUGGGAAGGGUGAACAUGAGGUGAAGAUUGUGGAGGACUUGAUCGACAACUAUCUGUAUGUCUUUGAUAUUGAUGAGGAGCAUCAGAAUCAAAUUGAGCUGGAAAUCAGCCUCAUCACCACCUGGAAGGACACACAGCUGUCACAGGCUGGAGAUCUGAUCAUUGAAGUGUAUCUGGAGAUGAAGAUUCCAGACUGCUGCAUCACACUGAAAGUAUCACCGACCAUGUGUGCUGAGGAACUGACCAACCAGGUUCUGUAUAUGAGGAAUGUUCCUGCUGGAGACAAAGACAUCUGGAUGACGUUUGAAGCCAUCGAGGUUGGACAGCUAGAGCGUCCAUUACAUCCUAAAGAAAAAGUUCUGGAACAGGCGUUACAGUGGUGCAAGAUGGCUGACCCAAGCUCUGCCUACCUGGUGGUGAAGAAGGUUCCAAUUGGAGAAGGCAUUAACAUCCUCACCUCUUAUCAGAGUGACAUCAUGAAAGUGGGAUUGGUUUGGUGUCGCGAGGAGCCGCCAAAGUUUCUUCAAGGGAACAGAUUCCAGGAAAGAACGUUCCAGAUUAAGAAACAAAAGCUGCUGCUGCUCAAAGACAAGAAGAGCAUUAAACCAGAGAAGCAGUGGUCUCUGAAGUCUAUGAAGGUAUACAUUGGCAUCAGGAAAAAACUUAAAGCUCCAACCAGGUGGGGCCUUACAUUGAUGUCAGACAAACACCAGCUGUUUUUAUGCUGUAGCUGUGAGACUGACCUCUGGGACUGGGUCACCUGCUUCCUAAAAGCUCAGAACAAAGACCCGGGGCCUGCAGUGCUGAGGCGACACUCAUCUGCUGACAUCUCAAAACAGAAGUUUGGAACGAUGCCACUGGUUCCAAUCAGGGGAGAUGAGAGAGAGAGCAACAGCACCAUGCUGUCGGCCAAUCAGAAGCUGAGGAAGCUACACGACAGACGGACGCUCUCUAUGUAUUUUCCAAUGAAAGUGCAGCAUGACUCUUUGGAUGAGCGCUCUGACUCUCCUGACCUCCCUGAACCUCUCUAUGAGGAGGUUGGUGACUUCGGCCUGCAGGUGCUGAAGUCUCUGGAGACAAGUUUUCUGUCCAGCAGUAAUGCAGAAACUCACGAAGUCCCUGACGAUCCUCCUCUCAGACUCAUCCCAGUAGAUUCAAGGCAAAUGGAUCAGAUCAACACAUUGGACCCAGAGCUGAGCAUUGGUGAAAGAGAGGCAGACUGCAGCCCGUCAACAAACAAGAGAAGGACGCAGCAAUUGGGCUGCACUCAGUCACAAGAACUGCUGCUGCAGGAGCUGUCAUCAGCCUUCACCAGGAAGACACAAGAGGAAGAGGAGGAGGAGAGGCCGUAUGAUGUGUGACAAGCUAAUCUGAAAAAAGAAGGGACAGAGAGCCAGAAGGACUUAAUAAUAACGACGUGACAUAUCAUUGAACGGGCAACUUUUUUUUUUUAGGAAUAAAUGAAUAUUCCUGAAAGCUUUUGGAAUUAAAGAAGAACAAAAUAAGAUGACACCUGUGAUGACGAAUCAUCAAAAAGAUGAAGGAAACAAGUUAGAAAACCUUUAUAACAAAAAAUAAAGACACAACAUGUAUUGAGAUACAAACUUUUUAAGCCUGUCAACAUGGAUUUAAACCUAAUAUUAACCCAAGAACUCUGAGUUUUACAUAGAAAAGUUAAAAUUUUAAAAUGAGGAUUUUGUCAUCAGAAUUCGAUUGAGGAACGUGGAUUGAUACAUUUCAGGUGUAAACCUGAGAACAUGAAUUUUUACUGACUGACACUGAAGUGGUCAUCAAGAUGUUUUACUCUCAUUGUUGCCCUGUGUAAUUUCACAUUUAAGUCCACAUUUAUUCUUUUUAUUUAUUGUAAAAGUACUUUGUGUUGUAGCAACAGGAAGAGAUGCAUCUGCACUGUCAUCAGUAAAAAUGAACUUACUUUAAAUAAAAUCUUUAUAUUCCACCACA